UCCCGAAACCUCUCCCCCUUCUGUCUUGUGGUCCUUCUUGCCUUUGAACAUACUCAAUCUUGGGACUCUUUUUAAAUUUUUUUUAAACACCCCUCCCCCCCAAUAUGGGUUGAGGCGUGGGAAUGCACUUUCAUUUUCUGACUUUUUCCUAUUCCUGGAACCUUUUCCCUCUGCUCAGACUACAGAUAUCCCUUGUUUCCUUUAAUCCCCCCCCCCAAAAAAAUUCCACCUUUUAUGGUAAACCUUCCCUUACCCUUCUGCUUUCCAGUGCUUUUUCUCUUUUAAUGAUUUCCCAUCUAUUCCUGCAUACAGCUUGCUUUUGCAUAUAUUUGUUUGCAUGUUGUCUCCUUUAUAGAUGAGGACAGGGACUGUCAUGCCUCCUUUUUUUUCUCCAUAGAGCUUCCUUAGCACACUGUAUGACACAUAGUUGUUCGUCUUCCUUUUUUCCCCCAAAGAGGACCAGUGACAUCAUGGGGUGAUGUUCUGACUUGUGCAUGAAUUGGAUUUAAGUGAGACUGAGAGGCACAGCCAUCAACCUCACUCCCUUCAAGAAUCAUCUAAGUUCAAUGGGAAGACAAGAGUUAGGACAUUUGGCAAUGGCUGAGGAGGCAGUUGAUGAUCUUGAUGUCUUCAAUAUCUUACCAAGCUCUAAGCUCUCCAAAGUAUCUACUUCAGCCAAUUUCAUGGCUGUUGGAACACAUUGUUCUCCUCUGCCCAUUCUGACUUAUAAGGGGGGCAUCUUCACAUGCUUGGUAGAUAUCCCCUAAGUUAUUAAUGGAUUGAUUUGAAACCUGUCAGUUACCCUCUACCUCAUCUAAUCUGUCUACUGAUACUGUGUUACUGGGGUGUGGCUGCUGUGAGUACAACAACUUCUUGGAGCUAUAGGUGAGAGUUGGGUGAAAGGAAGAUAUUAAAAAUAGAUGAGCAGCCCAGAAAAAUGAUUGGCAAGCUGUCAGCUAGGUGGCACAGUGGAUAGAGGCUGGGCCUAGAGUCAGGAAGAUUCAUCUUCUGGCACAUGGUGCUGAAGUACGAUUUGGGGUGGACUGCACCCAGCUAGCAGAUGCCUUUGCAAUGGAUGGCUGGAAGUUUGAUCGCAUUUAUUUCAACUUCCCCCACUGUGGACGGAAAGCUGGAGUAGCUAAGAACAGGGAGCUGCUUGCUAGAUUUUUUCAGAGCUGUACUGAUGUCCUUGCAGAGAGAGGAGAGGUCCAUGUGGCACUCUGCAGGGGACAAGGUGGAACUCCUGCUGAUUGUCCUAAGAGAGAAUGGCACAAUAGUUGGCAAGUAGUAGCAAUGGCAGCUAGAGGAGGACUCAUCUUGAGCAAUGUUCAUCCUUUCAACUCUGAGGCUGUACCAGGGUACAAGUGCACUGGGUACAGGAGUCAGAACAAAUCUUUCCAUGUUGAAGGUGCUUUGAAUCAUGUCUUUACCCGGAGUUUACCUUUUAAAGAAUCUCAGCCCAUGAUCUGCAGAGUCAGACUGGAUGACCAUUGGCUUACCUUUCCUGUACCAGAAGCACUAGUAGGAAAGAUAAACAGGGGUUUCCUUGAAAUUAAUUCAAGUCAUCCUGUUAGGACCAUAAAUGAAAAACUGAUUGCUGAACUGGGUAAAAUGUUUUCACUUCGAAGGCUAAAAUGCCCCACUUCUCUGCUUCCAGAGAAAAGCUAUUGUAAUCACUUUGCCUGGAGUUCUGACUCUUUAUCAGCUCCAUUUUGGAUCAUUCCCCAAAAAGAAAAAAUUCUGCAUUCUGAGUUUUCUGCUGCUGAAACGACGUGUGAUAUGGAGGAGCUUCUGGUGUCAUUUUCAAGGCUUCAUCUUCAGAAACAUCUUGAGUGGAAGAGGGAACAAGAGGGCCAGAAGAGAAUUGAAAGCCCAACAAAGUUUUCUCUCAGACCUUCCCUCUUAGUUCAUGCACAGGAUAUCAUCCAAAGACACGACUUCCUCCCAGGGUCUCUGCAUAUCCUCAGUGGUCCUGUUUUUAGGAAAUGUCUUAUUUCACCUUUCAUGCUGCCAACAUUUCAUGAGACUUUAUUUGUUUAUGGGUUUGAUAAAAAAACAAGUGAUUCUUGUCUUCACUUAUUCCUGGAAAACCUGAAAUGCUCUUUACAUGACCUUCUGACUCAGAGAUUGCCAGAUGGCCCUGAACUGAGCAGCUCUCUGACAUUUAAGCUUCAGGAAAACAAAAAAGAUUAUGUGAUUUAUGUGAAGCCUCGCAAUUUUGGUCCAGUUGAAAUUGUGGGUUUGGUUAUUGGAUCUGUUAUAACAUCUGCUACAAGCCAGAUAUACAAAGACCUGGAUUUUGUAUUUGCAUCUGUGAACUUGGACCUUUUAGUCAUGCUGGUAUGGGGGAUCUCUGACUGGAGAAUUUUGUGGACUUUUGACCACCGUUUUCUGGAUCAUUUUGCCUCUGGGAAAGUAGAACCCUUUAAGACUUUUUCCCUCUAUCCUCCAUCUUAUGUUCAUGAUGUUAGCUUUUGGCUAGAUGGGGAAAGAGGAUUUGAUGAAGUGGAAUUUCACACUGUGGCUCGAGCUGUAUCUCAGGAUAUGAUCACAUCCAUACAGCUCCUUAAUCGCUUCCAACACCCAAAAACUGGGCAGAUAAGCCUUUGCUACAGACUGACUUACCAGACUUGUGACAGAGCUCUAAGUCACCAGCAGGCAAUAAUGAUUCAAAACAAGUUCAGGACUGAGAUACAGCAAUGUCUACAUGUGACAGUAAGGUAGCCUUGUGGAAUUAUGUCAUUUUUCUUCAAGCAUUGGCAUUAUUGAAAAGGAUAAUACCUGUUGUUUCUACUUUAAAAACUGUACCUCAUUUUAUAACUAGUGAUUAUUUUGCUGAGCUACUCACAUCUCAGCCUUCUGCAUUCUGAUUUGUCUCCAUUAUUUAAUUGAAACUACUAUCUCCAAGUUACUAACAAUCUUGUAGCUCCUAAAUGCAAUGCUCUUUUUCAGACAUCAUUCUUCUUGACUUUUCUGUGUUUUUUUAUAUUGCUGACAACUCCUUCUUCCUAAAUACACAGUCCCCGUGCUUUGUUUUAUGAUUGUGCUUUCUAUUCACAUUAUUGUAGUUGUGUAUUUUUUUUCUUGGCUCUGCUUAUUUCAUGCUGUUAUAUGUAUAAUUAUAAAUUCUUGAACCUCAAAAAAACCUACAUUACCCAAAAUUCUUUUCUGUAUUACCUAGAAUCCUUUUCCCUUUUCCUAUGACCGUUUUUUGUGUGUGAUUGUAUUUAAGUGGCUUUAACUCCUACCUCUCUUUGACCUGCAACCAGGCUGAGUUCAGGUAGCUUUUUAAUUCUAGUUAUUAUUAAUAAAACUUUUGAAAUAUAAUAGUUAUUAUAUAUUUUAAUCUUUAUAUUUUUUGGCUAACCUACAAAGGGAUAGAAUUCUCAAAUAUUUUUAAGAGAGGUUUUCAGUUAAGUUAGUAAGUUUUUCACUGGCCACCCAGCCCGCCUGCCUUUGCACCAUGGUGGCCACUGCUACUCCACCCUCUGCCUGCUGUUACCACCACUGCUGCUGUUUUCCUGCUUCUUGCCUCCCAACCCUGCUGCUCCUGGCACCCCCUUGUGUACCCGUCCAGUGUGCUGAUCUUCUGCUGCCUCCCACUAAUAUCUCUGAGUCAAGUCUCUGCACAGAGGAUGAUGUAUAAAAAUCUUUCCACCCCAAUCCCUUUCUACACUCCAUGUGAGUUUUUCUGGCCUGCCAUAGCCAUUUUUCAGUGUGGAGAAAAGAAACCCCAUACCUUCUAAUUUUCAAGCAGAUUUUUUUUUAAGCUGACCUUGGACUCCUAGUUUAGAAGGGUGUUACUAAAGGUUUUUCACAGUUAGUUCCAAAUCAUUGAAUUUAAAGUCAGUUUGGGGAAAUAAGCCUGCUUUUUUUCUUCUUUCUCUUGACCCAAAACACCAAGGAACAGUACUUUUUCUAUUGUAAAUAAAUAAUUAUUUGGGCAAAGAAAAAUGCAUCUGCAAAAAGAAAAGGAGCUCAGAACUUUUAGGAACGCCAAUCAACUGAGAUGGGGAGACAGUUCAAUGGAACCUUAGAGAAAAGCAGUUAAGAAGCUCCAACUGCCUGAUACUUAUAUUCCUUGGCUUUCUCUACCUUAAGGUGGAAGACAGACCCCUUUGUCUCCUCUCUAGCCAUUGCCUUCUACAUAGACUGUGAGCUGAAGAGAAAUUUGGUUUAGCCCAGAAGAAAGUUGUCAGCAGUGUUGUUAAUAUCUACCCUUAGGGGAAGAUAAUGUGUUUCUUGAAUUGACUAUACUUCAAAUCUUCAAUCAACAAGAUAACUUGGAAAUUAGGGAGAUCCUAAUUCCCUUCCCCCCCCCCAAUCUCUUCCUAUCCCCUCUCCCCAAAAGAAUAACAAAUCAUUUAGUUAGAGGACUGGUUGUGGGAUUUGGUUAUUAGGGGAAAUCUUCAAAUUACCAUCUGUGAGAAGAUCAUUACCCCAGACAGUUGAAAGGAACAGGAAGUAGUGUAUGGGAGGGGCUCAAGAAUAUUCAGUAUCUUCCUUAGCUUGCUUCCUGGUGCAACUUCUCUAAAAUUCCCCACUACUAUAAUUCACCAAGUUUGUUUCCCUCAAAAUUUUGCCUCCUCGUUUACUCUGUAAAGAGAUCCCAUUCAGAGUCUUUUUUUUUUAUUUUGAGGAAUAAUGCUAUUAAAAAGCAUAGCUCAGUUUCUUGCCCACCUCAAACAGCUUCCAUUUCCAGAGGGCCUUUUAGAGCUCAUGCAGAUAAUAGCUUUAGAGUGUGUUUUCUUCUGAUCCUGAAGGUUUCUGUGCUGAUUGGAUACCUUGCAAUUGGGAGCUUGACUAAUAGUAAGAUUCUAGGGGAGAUGUAUCUCCUUUCAUCCCAUUGUCAUUUUGGCCUGCCCAGUUUCUGCAUCAUAUCCCAUAUGGGAUUUCUUUACAUUCUGCCCAGUACUUCUAUCAGAAACUUCAGAGCUCUGACAAAAGAAAUGCGAAUGGAUGAUAAAUACUGGGGGAAGGGAAGAAAACUUUAAAAGAGAUCUGGAAGUUUAUUGCUAAGUAUUUUGAGUUUAUUCUCCUCCUAUAAUAUAGAACAAGUCUAUUGGAAUUGGUAAAAAGGAUUUUGACUGUGCUUCCUGCCUGCACCUUCUCAUUUGCUUAUUGUAUUUACUGAUUGCUUUAAGGUUUAAUUUUAACUUUUAUCAGUAUUAAGCUAAUCGAUAUCUUUCUGUAAUACUGAAUCAUUUUAAGCUACUAUGUUUUGCCAAUAUUGAUCUUUAAUUUGUACCUUUACCUUUGCUGGAGAACAAAAUAUUGUAUAAGCCCAUGAACAUCUUGCCCCCAAAACCCUUGUCAUUAGAUCCAUUGAAGAUCACAUGUUGCCUUUGUUAAUUGUCACAAUGGAUGGAUGGAUGGAUUUCAACAAAACUGGUUAAAUUAUAUGCAACCUUUAGAGAAUUUAAUGAGCUAAGAAUUUAAAUCGUAAUCCUAAGGGGUCUUCAGAAAUAAUUUUAGUAACUAGUGGUUUCUGAAUGGAUGAUUUAAAAAAAUAUUUAUAUAUACAUAUAUAUUAUAAAGAAUGUUGUAUAUAAAGCAGAAAGUCAAAAAGAGCUUCUGUGCAUGCAUAAUAAUUUAACUCUUCAGUUUAAUUUACUUCCAUCAAAACAAUCUAGAUUUCUUGGUGAUGUUAUAGACCCAAAUAAGUUUUACUUUGUUUAAAAAUAUAUUUGCCAAGAUUGAAAGAUUUGCUAUAUCUGUAAAAAUUGUGACAAAUAUCCAUCAGUUCAUAGGUUUUUUAAAAUAUCACACAGCAACUCAUAUGAAAUAUGAUAUUGAGUUUGUUAUUAUCAUUAACUGGGCUAUUGUGAAUUUUAGGGACUUUGAUACUUCUUUGAAUGUGCAUUAUCUACUGUGUUACUGUUUUAUUCUGAAAAAUCAUUUGCACUCACACAGUGGUUCAUGGCCAAGUUAAAAAGGAAAGGAUCUCAUUUUUUGGUGAGAAACCUUUGUAUUCUACCUCUCCUUGGCUGACACAGUGUGUCACUGAUUGUAAGCUAUAUAUUUUUGAUUUUUAAAA